CGCAGCCUCCAAAGAGCCUGAGAGUGAUGAGCGGCCCAACCAAUGGGAGCAGCCGCUGAUCCAGCGAGGGCGGGCUCUCUGCAGAAGGGCUCGAAGGUGGCGGUGGUGGCGGCGGAGGCGCAGGCCGUUGGGGCUGCUGGCAGGCAGGGUCUUUGAAAUCGGGGCGCAUGUGACUGCCGAUCUGGAAGACAAGCCUGUUUGCAGCAUCAGUCAGCAGAGAAGCCGGUGACCAUGAAAGGAUUAUAUUUUCAACAGAAUUCUGCAAAUGAAGAAAUUACAUUUGAAUUUCAAGAAAGGGAAAAUCUUCCAAUUACAGAAGAUAACCAUGUGAAACUUCAAGUAAAAGCCUGUGCUCUGAGCCAGAUUAAUACGAAGCUUCUCGCAGAAUUGAAGAUGGAGAAGGACUUUUUUCCUGUUGGGAGAGAAGUCGCUGGGGUUGUAGUAGAUGUUGGAAGCAAGGUCUCUUUCUUGCAACCAGACGAUGAGGUAGUCGGCAUCUUGCCACUGGAUUCUGAAGACGCUGGGCUCUGUGAAGUGGCCCGAGUGCACGAGCAUUACCUGGUUCACAAGCCAGAAAAAGUCACCUGGGCCGAAGCAGCCGGAACCGUGCGAGAUGGAGUCCGCGCCUACACAGCCCUGCACUAUCUCUCUCACCUCUCACCUGGGAAAUGUGUGCUGAUAAUGGACGGAGCGAGUGCGCUUGGUACAAUAGCUAUCCAGCUGGCACAGCACAGAGGCGCCAGAGUCAUUUCAACAGCAUCCAGCCUCGAAGACAAGCAGUGUCUGGAGAGAUUCAGACCUCCUCUAGCCCGCGUGGUGGAUGUUUCUAACGGGAAAGCCCAUAUUGCUGAAAGCUGUUUAGAAGAAACAGGUGGCUUGGGGGUAGAUAUCGUCCUAGAUGCUGGAGUGAGGUUGUACAGCAGAGAUGAUGACGCGGCCACGAAGGCAAAGCACCUCCCACAUAAGCACGACAUCAUCACGCUUCUUGCCGUCGGAGGGCACUGGGUGACCACAGAAGAGAACCUGCAGCUGGAUCCUCCAGACAGCCAUUGCCUUUUCCUGAAGGGUGCAACCGUGGCUUUCCUUAAUGAGGAAGUGUGGAAUUUGUCAAAUGCACAACAGGGAAAAUACCUUUGUAUCUUAAAGGACGUCAUGGAGAAGUUAUCAGCUGGUGUUUUCAGGCCACAGUUGGAUGAGCCCAUUCCCCUCUAUGAGGCCAAAGUUUCCAUGGAAGUGGUUCAGAAAAAUCAAGCAAGGAAAAAGCAAGUUGUUCAAUUUUAACUUUCUCUGCCAUCAGUUGGAUAGACCCAGUCCAGCAGAGGAAGCCAGAGUUUCCUGGAAGAUUGUUCAGACAAAUUAAGGAAGAUCAAAGCAAGUUAUUUGGUUUUUCAGCAUGAUUUCCUGCUCUUUGAAACAAGAUGCAUUUCAAAGCAUUUAAAAAGUUAUUGUGCAAAUGGUCAAAGGACUGUUCUAACAUCCAAAGGGACUAUGCUGGGAGCAUUUUUAAAAAGCGGUUUCUGCACAUUUGCAUCUGCUUCUUAACUUUCCUCGAAGAAAAACUGCGCCUUCAAGCAAAAGCUCGGCUGCUGGAUUUAAAGCUGUUACAGUAACCUUUGCUGUACUGUCAAAAUAAUGUUUUUGUAUCAACA